UGGUGGUGAGACGUCCCACAAAGUAACUAUGCGUAAAAUUACCAAACAUAAAAAAAGCUGACGGUUGAUGACCAUAUAUAGGGAGGAGACACAUGCAUACAUGUGCUAAAACUCAUUAAUCAGCCAGCUAACCUAUCACUCAAUUCACCUGGACUGCUCUUUUCAUUUCUAUCUAUAAAUAGCUUUCCCUUCUCACAUUCUAGCUAGCCACACACACACACACACAGAGGGAGACCGAAGAUUCAACAGUGAAAGAAAAAGAGAAUGGGGUGUGUUUAUCAUCAUGGCUUCCUAAUUCCAUUACUACUCGUGGCUUUGGCUUUCUCAGUUGCCUCUGCCGCUGACCCAGCCCCUCUUCAAGAUUUCUGUGUUGCUGCCUCCACCACCAAGGAUGCUGUGGUGGUGAACGGUAAGAUCUGCAAAGACCCAAAACUAGCUGUGCCCGAAGACUUCUCCGUUUCCGGGUUCCAUAAACCCGGAAACACCUCCAACCCGCUGGGCUCGAUCGUCACCACGUUCAAUGUGGACUACCUCCCGGGGCUCAACACCCUGGGCAUAUCCAUGGCCAGGGUGGACUUCGGCCCGGGAGGGGUGAACCCUCCCCACCUCCACCCGCGCGCGUCCGAGAUACUGGUGGUGGUUGAGGGCACGCUCUACGCCGGCUUCGUCACCACCAACUCUGACUCCCGCCUCUUCGCCAAAGUCCUCCACAAGGGCGACGCCUUCGUCUUCCCCGUUGGCCUCAUCCACUUCCAGAUCAACAUCGGCAGGACCCCCGCCGUGGCUUUGGUCAGCUUCGGCAGCCAGAAGGCCGGCGUCACCACAGUGGCCAACCGAAUCUUCUCGUCGCAGCCGCCGAUCAUGGCCGACGUCCUCUCCACGGCUUUCCAAUUGGACAAGGAGAUGGUGGAACACCUUCAAGGAAUCUCCUGGUUCGAGAACGCUGCCGGUUAAAUUUGAUUAAACGAGUUUAAAGCAGAUUGCUAUUAAUGGGGAGAUAAACUAUCACAAAUCAUUUUUCACGAGACUGUUCUAUCCUCGAUAAAUUCCAACAAGUCAUGAUAUUUUACUCUUGUGAUAGUUAUCGUUAGAUGCAUAGAGAACUAAAUUAAAUUUGAGAACAAUAAUGAAUGCAUGCAAGCAAGCAAGCUUUGGAAUGAAUAAUGGAUGAGAUUUGAUGUUUGAGAUAAUAA